AUGCCUCUCUCCCCCGCCUCCCAGCUCGUGCGGCUCUCGACCCUCGGCGCCUGCGCCUUUGCCCGCGUGAUCACGCCGUUGCGUCCCGGGCCGUUGAUUCUGCGUGGCGGGCGGGCCGUCGCGUCGGCGGCGGACGCCGCAGAUGUGAAGCUCCGCUCGUUCCGCAAGGCGAUGGCCGAUGCUGGCGUCGCAGCCUUUGUCGUGCCGUCGGGCGACGCCCACCUGUCCGAGUACACCCACCCCGCCUACGACCGCCGCGCCUUCCUCUCUGGCUUCACCGGCUCCGCUGGCACGGCGGUCGUCACCGCAGACGCGGCGUUGCUGUGGACGGACGGGCGGUACUUUCUGCAGGCCGAGCAGGAACUCUCGCCCGAGUGGACGCUCAUGCGCGCGGGCCAGCCCGGCGUGCCCUCGCUCGAGUCGUGGCUCGCCUCCAACCUCCCGGACGCGUCCGCAGUCGGCAUCGACGCGUCGGUUCACAGCGUUGACGAGGCCAACACGCUGCGAUCCGCGCUCGACGCGGCGCAGAGCGGACUCCGGCUAGAGCCGCUCUCGCCUCCCAACCUCGUCGACUCCAUCUGGACGGGCAGGCCGCCGCCUCCGCUCGGCAAGGCCCGGCUGCUGCCGCUCUCCGUGGCAGGCGCGUCGGCCGAGGAGAAGCUCGCCGCGGCAGGCGAGGACCUGGACAAGGCCAAGGCGGACGCGCUUGUGCUCGGCUCGCUGGACGAGGUGUGCUGGCUGCUCAACGUGCGCGGCGCGGACGUGCCGCACUGCCCCGUGCUGCAGGCCUUUGCACUCGUCCACGCGACACAUCCGACCAGCGCCACGCUCUUCGUCGAGCGCUCGAAGUUGGACGAUGAGGUGAGUGGCGCGCUGGCGGCGGCGGGCGUGGCGAUUGCGCCGUACGAAGAGGCCGAGCCGGCAGUGCGCCGGCUUGCGGACGAGGAGGGCAAGACGCUGCUGAUCGACCCAAAGUCGGUCAACUACGGGCUGCGGCUGGCGGCGGGCGGGCGGGCGGCCCUCGCCACGUCGCCCCUCAUCCUGCGCAAGGCGCGCAAGAAUGCGGCCGAGCUGGCGGGCAUGCUGGAGGCGCACCUCACCGACGCGGCUGCGCUCGCCCACUUCUUUGCCUGGCUCGAGCGCGUCGUGGUCGCCGAGGCGACGCCGCUCACCGAGGUCGAGAUCGCGACCAAGCUCGCCUCCUUCCGCGCGGCGCAGCCCGGCUUUAUCGACCUCUCCUUCCCCACGAUCGCGGGCGCCGGCUCGAACGGGGCCAUCAUCCACUACGACUGCAUGGUGGCGGACGCGGCGCGCGUCAACACGCUGGACGGCUCGCAGAUGAUGCUGCUCGACUCGGGCGGCCAGUACGCGACGGGGACCACCGACGUGACAAGAACUUUCCACCUGGGCACCCCCACCGACUGGCAGCGCGAGUGCUUCACGCGCGUGCUCAAGGGCAACAUCGGCCUCGACACGCUCACCUUCCCCGAGGGGACGCCGGGGAUGGCCAUCGACGCCUUUGCGCGGCAGGCGCUCUGGCAGGCGGGGCUCGACUACCUGCACGGCACGGGGCACGGCGUGGGGGCGGCGCUGAACGUGCACGAGGGGCCGCACUCGAUCUCGGCGCGGUGGGGCAACACGUGCGGCCUCGAGGAGGGGAUGAUCUGCUCCAACGAGCCGGGCUACUACGAGGCGGGCGCCUUUGGCAUCCGGAUCGAGAACCUGCUGGUGGCGCGCGCCGCACCGACGCCGAACGCCUUCAACGGCAAGGCGUACCUCCGCUUCGACCAGCUGACACACGUGCCCAUCCAGGCGUCGCUCCUCGAGCCGUCCCUCCUCACCAGCGCAGAGGUGGAGUGGCUCGACGCGUACCACGCCCGCGUCUGGGAGCGUGUCUCGCCCCGCGUGGACGCCGACUCGGAGGGCGCCCGCUGGCUGCGCCGAGUCACGCGCCCGCUCGCCGAGCAAGGGGUGCGGGGCUUGCCGCCCUCUAGGACGGCCGCAGUGGCAGAGGCCGCCGCUGCGUUAUAG